AUGGCGACGACGAGCUCUAUGUUCAUGUAUAGUCUGACUAUCCAGCCGCCAUCAGCAAUCACAUCUGCAGUCUUGGGUCAAUUUUCCGGUACAAAAGAGCAGCAGAUCGUCACUGCGUCGGGCUCGAAGCUCACCAUACACAGGCCCGAUGCCAACCAAGGCAAAAUCUCGCCGCUCUUCACACAGGACUGCUUCGGCAUCAUUCGAGGAUUGGCAGUCUUCAGAGUAGCUGGCAGCAGCAAAGAUUAUUUGAUCGCCACGUCCGACUCCGGUCGCAUAACCAUCCUCGAGUAUGUCCGUGAGCAGAACCGAUUCAACCGAGUCCAUCUCGAGACAUAUGGCAAAUCGGGCAUACGCAGAGUCAUACCCGGCGAAUAUCUUGCGGUCGACCCUAAAGGCAGAGCCUGUAUGGUUGCCUCGGUGGAGAAGAACAAGAUCGUCUAUGUUUUGAACAGGAACGCUCAGGCUGAGCUAACAAUAUCUUCGCCCCUCGAGGCUCACCGACCCCAGACGAUCGUCUAUGACCUGAUCGCCCUGGAUGUCGGUUACGAGAACCCCAUUUUUGCUGCCCUCGAGGUCGACUACACCGAAUCCGACCAGGACCCUUCAGGACAGGCCUUCGACGAACUCGAGAAGAUGCUAGUCUUCUACGAACUGGAUCUUGGCCUUAAUCACGUCGUUCGCAGGUGGGCUGAGCCAGUCGCUCGAAGUGCCAGCCGGCUGUUCCCAGUGCCUGGUGGAGCAGAUGGACCGAGUGGUGUACUGGUAUGCGCCGAGGACAACAUAACAUAUCGAAACUCAAAUCAGGACGCAUUUCGUGUUCCAAUUCCACGACGGCGGGGUAUACUGGAAAAUCCUGAUCGGCAACGUUCCAUCGUCGCUGGUGUCAUGCAUAAGCUCAAGGGCCAAUUUUUCCUACUUUUACAGACUGAAGAUGGAGACAUGUUCAAAGCCACAAUCGACAUGGUUGAGGACGACAAUGGUCAGCCCACAGGCGAAGUGAAAGCCUUGAAGGUCAAAUAUUUCGACACUGUACCGGUUGCCAACAGCUUGCACAUCCUCAAGAGUGGGUUUCUAUUCGUCACCGCGGAAGGGGGCAACCAUAUGUUCUAUCAAUUCGAAAAAUUAGGCGACGAUGACGAUGAGACCGAAUUUUCAAGUGAUGACUAUCCCUCAGAUCCAACCGAAAGAUACGAGCCGGCUUAUUUCCAUGCACGGUCACUGAUCAAUCUUGCUCCACCACAGAUGAUCGAUUCCGCAAAUCCUUUGAUGGAUGCCAAAGUCGCAAAUCUUCUUGACGAAGACGCCCCACAGAUCUACUCAGUAUGCGGAACCGGCGCACGAAGUAGCUUCAAGACACUCAAGCAUGGUCUUUCGGUUUCCGAAAUAGUCGAGUCAGAACUGCCAGAUCGACCAGAAGCUGUAUGGACGACAAAGCUUAGCAGAGACGACGAAUACGAUGCGUACAUUGUCCUCUCGUUCAAGACCGGAACGCUGGUCCUGAGCAUCGGCGAGACUGUCGAAGAAGUCACAGAUACAGGAUUUCUGUCCACUGCACCAACGCUCGCUAUUCAACAGCUUGGCGAGGAUGCUUUGCUGCAAAUCCAUCCCAAAGGCAUUCGACAUAUCCGUGCCGAUAAGAAAGUCAAUGAGUGGCCAGCUCCCCAGCACCGAUCCAUCGUCACUGCCAGUACCAACGAAAGGCAAGUCGUGGUAGCACUAAGCUCGGGUGAGAUUGUCUAUUUCGAGCUCGACAGCGAUGGAUCGCUAGCCGAGUACGACGAAAGAAGAGAAAUGACUGGUACGGUAACAUGCCUGAGCUUGGGCGAGGUCCCGGAAGGACGUGUCCGGAGCUCUUUCCUGGCCGUCGGCUGUGAUGAUUCUACCGUCCGCAUCCUCAGCCUGGACCCAGAUUCCACCUUGGAGAACAAAUCUGUCCAAGCCCUGACUUCAGCUCCCUCGGCUCUUUCGAUUCUGGCCAUGACAGAUUCUGUAUCAGGUGGAACGACGUUAUACCUGCACAUCGGACUCUACUCAGGCGUCUACCUCAGGACUGUGCUGGACGAAAUUACUGGUGAAUUAUCCGACACUCGUACUCGAUUCUUAGGUCUCAGGCCUGUGAAGCUCUUCCGGGUCACAGUAGCUAGCCAGCCCGCGGUCCUCGCGCUGAGCUCACGACCAUGGCUGGGAUACAGCGACCCGCAAACGCUCGGAUUUAUGCUCACACCGCUUGACUAUGCUCCGCUUCAAUUCGCCUGGACGUUUAGCAGCGAACAGUGUGUCGAGGGUAUCGUUGGCAUCCAAGGCCAAAAUUUGAGGAUUUUCACGAUCGAGGAUUUGUCGCGAAACCUACUCCAAGACAAUAUUUCGCUAGCAUACACGCCACGCAAGUUCGUCCGACAUCCAGAUCAGCCCCUGUUCUACGUCAUCGAAGCAGACAACAACGUUCUUGCGCUCAGUACACGUACUCAAUUGAUCGCCGACUCCAACGCAGUCAAUGGUGACGCCACACCAUUACCGCCACAAGAAUUCGGGUACCCCCGCGGCACAGGCCACUGGGCAUCGUGCGUGCAGAUCAUCGACCCAGUGUCAGCGAAAGACGUCCUAUUCACUCUGGAGCUCGAAAACAAUGAAUGCGCCACGAGCAUAGCCAUCGCACCAUUCGCUGGGCAGGACAACGAAGCCUUCUUGGUCAUCGGAACAGCCAAAGAUCUUGUCGUCAAUCCACGAUCACACAAGGGCGGCUUCCUACACGUCUACAGAUUUCACGAAGAUGGAAAAGAGCUGGAGUUUAUUCACAAGACGAGCGUUGACGAACCUCCGACAGCACUUCUUGCAUUCCAGGGCAAGCUUCUGGCAGGUGUCGGAGCCAAUCUCCGGAUAUACGACCUUGGAAUGAAGCAGAUGCUUCGUAAGGCCCAGGUUCAAGCCGGAACCAACGUUAUCGUAGGCCUACAGACACAAGGCAGUCGAAUCAUUGUGAGCGACAGCCAGGAAAGUGUCACAUAUUGCGUCUACAAGUAUCAGGAGAACAAGCUUAUCCCUUUCGCGGACGAUGUGAUUGCUCGGUGGACUACCUCGACCGCCAUGGUCGAUUACGAGACAGUAGCAGGAGGCGAUAAGUUUGGCAACAUAUGGCUGCUACGUUGUCCUCAAAAAGCGUCCGAAGAGGCAGAUGAAGAGGGUUCUGGCGCUCACCUCCUACACGAACGACAAUACUUAUCAGGCGCUCCCAAUCGGCUGAGUCUGGUAACUCACUACUUCCCUGGAGACAUUCCAACAAGCAUACAGAAAACGAGUCUGGUAGCAGGUGGCAGAGAUGUCAUCUUCUGGACCGGUCUGCAAGGCACUCUCGGCAUGCUCGUGCCCUUUGUCAGUCGAGAAGACGUUGACUUCUUCCAGAGCUUGGAGAUGCAGCUUUCCUCGACGACCGGCAAUCCGCCAUUGCUGGGCAGAGACCACCUUAUGUAUCGAUCAUACUACGCUCCCAGCAAAGGCACCAUCGACGGGGAUCUGUGUGAGACAUUCUUCCUCCUUCCCAGCGACAAAAAGCAAAUGAUUGCUGGCGAGCUUGAUCGGACGAUUCGGGAGAUCGAGCGCAAAAUCUCGGAUAUGAGGACGCGCGUGGCGUACUAG